UUAUGUACUGACAGGCUUGUCCUAAAAGGGAAUCUCACCAUACGACCGCAUUCUAUAACGUUACUGUCACUGACUACACUCACACGUUUCAAUACAUAGGGGAAAUGAAAUUACUUUAUCCCCCGCCCUUCUGAUUUCUUAUACAACAAUGGCUAGCCUAAAGCGGGACAACAGGCUGACCUCCUGGCAGAGUACUCUGUGUGGGGGUGCAGCUGGGGUGCUGAGCCGCACUGUCACUGCCCCAUUGGAUGUGGUGAAAGUACUGGCCCAAGUGGGAACUUUCCACUCCAAACAGGGCUUCCUCAGUACUUUUCAGCUGCUGUAUAAAGCAGAGGGGGUUAAAGCUUUUUGGAAGGGCAAUUGUACCGCCUGUGUGCGCUUCUUUCCUUACAGCGCUGUGCAGCUCACUGCAUAUAACAGGUUUAUAUCACUGUUUAUGGAUGAUUUGGGUCAAAUUUCCCAAUGGAAAGCCAUUGUUGCAGGAAGUCUGGCAGGAAUGGUGGCGGCAGUUGUUAUAUAUCCUACUGACGUCAUUAAAACACGACUUAUUGUUCAAAACAGCCUGGAUCCCACAUACAGAGGGAUAAUUUAUGCAUUAUGUUCUAUCUAUUAUCAAGAAGGAUUUCAGGCUCUUUAUAGAGGAGUUUCACUAACUGUCCUGGGUGCAAUUCCAUUCUCAGCUGGUUUAUUCUUCAUGGACGUCAGCUUGGACAGAAUUUGGCAGGAAUCUCACAUCCAUUUAACGCCUCUCCAGAACUUUGUUCAUGGUUGUUUAGCAGCAGGAGUAGCACAGACUUUGUCUUUCCCCUUCGAGACUGUAAAACGGAAAAUGCAGGCGCAAAGCUUUGUCCUUCCUCACUGCGGAGGAGUUGAUGUUCACUUCAGUGGGGUGUUGGAUUGUUUUAAACAAAUAGUGAAGACAAAGGGAGUGACUGGCUUGUGGAACGGACUAACUGCCAACCUGAUAAAGGUUAUACCCUACUUUGGACUGAUGUUCAGCACUUUUGAAUGUUGCAAACGAUUCUAUCUAUAUCGAAAUGGUUACAUUGUAUCUCCUCUGAGUUACCAGCUUAUGCCAGGAGUUGAUCAGAGCCUUCAACCCCAAGAACUAGAGGAGCUGAGAAAAUUUUUGAGAGCUAAAAACUUUGGCAAUGGUAAUCCAUCAUUAAAGAGUUGAGUUCAGAAGAAUAUUUUUUAUACAAUGAAAUAUGUAUAUUAUAUAUUUUUUUUAAAUAGGUGUACAGUAGACAAAGAAACUAGCACUGUUUUUUCCACACAUUACUGAGGAAUAACUACUAACAUAACUGAGAGAAAUGCAAGUAUUUUGGUAAUUACAAUGCUCUUUAUUUAUACUGUGUGUUAUAAACCGAUUUAAUGUUCUGCAGUUUUCCUCAAUAAAAUAUAAUACUGUAA